GCCAGCAGCGACGCGUCGGGAGACCCGCGGACCUGUGUCUUGCUUCAACAGUGUUUGAACGGAACAGGCCCGGGGACUCUCUUUCACCGAUUUCGACCGCCUUCCCAGAUCUCCUCCAGUUUACAGCCUCCGGGACCACUUGUCGGCCAUCUCCACCUCCUCCGACACCGUUUUCUGGGGUCAUCUCCUUGAUCGCCGAACAACCAUGACCUCCCAGAUUCGUCAGAAUUAUUCCACCGAGGUGGAGGCUGCCGUCAACCGCCUGGUCAAUCUGCACCUGCAGGCCUCCUACACCUACCUCUCUCUGGGCUACUAUUUCGACCGCGAUGAUGUGGCUCUGGAGGGCGUGGGCCACUUCUUCCGCGAGCUGGCAGAUGAAAAGCGUGAGGGCGCCGAGCGUCUUUUGAAGAUGCAAAACCAACGUGGCGGCCGCGCCCUGUUCCAGGAUGUGCAGAAGCCUCCCCAGGAUGAGUGGGGCAAAACCCAGGAUGCUUUGGAAGCCGCCUUGGGUCUGGAGAAGAACCUGAACCAGGCCCUUCUGGAACUACACGCCUUGGGUUCUGCCCACACAGACCCUCAUCUCUGUGACUUCCUGGAGAACCACUUCCUUGACGAGGAGGUCAAACUCCUCAAGAAGAUGGGUGACCACCUGACCAACAUCCGCAGAGUGGCCGCCCCCCAGGGAGCCCAGGCUGGCCUGGGCGAGUACCUCUUCGAAAGGCUCACUCUGAAGCACGACUAGGGGCGGCCGAGCCCAGCAGCCACGGGGGUGGGGGGCUCCCCUGCGUAUCUGGUAUCCCAAUUUGUGCCUAACCAUCCCCUCCAGCCACUAGGCAGCUUAACAGCCCCCAGAGCCCUCUCUUAAACCGUGGACCAAAUGGAAAUAAAAGUUUUUUGCUGCAACUUG